GAAAAUAUGCUGCUACCAAUGAAUACAGAUCUUUUCUCUCAAGAAGAGCAGACGAUGCAUCUUUACAGAGCGAGUUCUCCUUUUUUCACGCUUUCAUCUCGCUUGACCACUUCGUGAAACAAAAAUUUUUCCUAAUAUUUUCUACAACUGAUCAUUUAUUUCAAACGAUUCGAUUUUUCCUCCGUACAUUUUUUUGUCUUUAUUAGAAUUUUAUUUUAUUAAUUAUUUUUUCAAUUUGUAUUUUGUGGCUUUUACUGGUUUACCGGCUUCGUGAAAAGAAUCGUUUUUAGUUUUGUUUUGAACGUGUUAGAGAAUUUUUGUGCGCUAGUCUAGCCAUCCUAGUGAUUUCAUGUGAUAUUUUUUUUUUGUUCUGCAUUUUUUUCCUCCAUGGAGGGCUGAGUCAUCUUCAACAGCAGGCGAUUUUUUUUUGCCGGCAGAAAGAAAGAUGGAACUACCUGCACUCUCUUUAACAACGAUUUUUAUCGUCUGCAUUAUUGUACAUGGAAAUGCGUUUAGAUAUAGAAGACAAAGUGAAUUAUUUUCGAAUAAACUUUUAGAUUAUGAAAUUGUGAGCCCCGUUAAAAUCACAGCUAGCGGACUCCAUUUAUCAUAUGAUGUCAGACAUUAUGUGAAACACAAAUUGAACAAUCGUGCACGUAGAUCUUUGGAAGACGAUCACGUUCAUUACGUGGUGCAGUUAGAUGGUGCACAAACAUUUUUGAAACUAAAACCUAAUCAUAAUUUAUUAGGACCAGGAUUUAUUGUGGAAAGAAAAAGAAGUCAAAACCACAUCAAAUUAUCAAAACAUAGGAAAGAACAUUGUUUCUUCCAUGGUUAUGUUGUUGGAAACAUUUCUAGUUCCCAUGUCGCUCUUUCUGCCUGCGAUGGACUGACUGGCUUAAUUAGAACUGGAAAUGAAGAAUACUUUAUUGAACCUAUUGCAAAAGUUCCUUCAAACAUUUCAACUGGUCAUGCACACGCCAUUUACAAAAAGUCUUCUCUAGAAAAAGCCCAGAAGUCAAUUGGAGGAACUUGUGGAAAUGUAGCUGAUGAUUUUAUAAAGUUUAAAUAUCAGGAAGAUAAAGAUAAUAGUUUCUCAUUGAAGCGGCGAAGGAGAAAGAGAUCAGUAAGUACGGAGAGAAAUGUUGAAACACUGGUUGUUGCUGAUAAGAUGAUGGUGGAUUAUUACUCAGAAGAGGAUAUUGAGACUUACAUACUUACAGUAAUGAAUAUGGUCUCUUCUUUAUAUCACGAUGCCAGCAUAGGCAAUGCUAUAAAUAUCGUUUUAGUAAGAUUAAUUCUUAUUGAAACUGAAGAUCAGGAGAAGGCUGAAGAACUGAGCAUAAGUCAGCACGCUGAUGAUACACUUCGUAGCUUUUGUCGAUGGCAAAAAUUUGUAAAUCCAAAAGAUGAUACUCAUCCAAACCAUCAUGAUGUAGCUGUCUUACUCACCAGGUAUAACAUUUGUACGAAAGCAAAUGAACCCUGCAGUACUUUAGGAUUGGCAGAAGUGGCGGGAAUGUGCCAGCCUCACAGAAGCUGUAAUGUAAAUGAGGAUACUGGUCUUGCAUUAGCAUACACAGUUGCUCAUGAAAUGGGCCACAACUUUGGAAUGGCACAUGAUGGACCUCAUAAUGGUUGCCAGGCUCCCUUUGGAGAAAGACAGCAUGUUAUGUCCCCCCAUCUAAAUUCUGAUACGAGCCCACUUAUUUGGUCUAACUGCAGCAGAAGUGAAAUAACGAAGUUUUUGGAUAGAGAUUGGGGAACUUGCUUAGAUGAUGAGCCAUCUGAUCAUGAGUUUUAUUUUCCCGAGCUUCCUCCUGGUGCAAUGUAUGACGCGAAUCAUCAAUGUCGACUACAAUAUGGACCAGAUGCAGAACAUUGUGAUGGAAUUGAGGAUGUUUGUCAAACACUUUGGUGUCGCCAAGACAAUAAAUGUGUAACUCGCUUGGAGCCUGCUGCAGAAGGGACUCUCUGUGAUAGAAACAUGUGGUGCCAAAUGGGACGAUGUACAGAAAUUGGGGAACGUCCAGAAGCGAUGGACGGAGAAUGGGGACAAUGGUCAUCUUGGUCCCCUUGUUCCAGAACUUGUGGUGCAGGUGUGAGUUUGUCACAAAGACAUUGUGAUAAUCCCAUGCCAGCUGGAGGAGGAAGGUAUUGCAUUGGAGAAAGAAAGAGAUACAAAAUUUGCAAUACAAAAAUUUGUCCUGAAAAUGCUCCAAGUUUUAGAUCAAUGCAGUGCAGUGCUUAUGAUGACGUUCCUUAUAAGGAAGAAUUACACACAUGGUUGCCUGUUGCAACUCCAAUGACGCCAUGUCAGCUUCACUGCAAACCUGAUGGUAAGUUUUUCUCCGUCAUGCUCUCUGACACUGUUGCGGAUGGCACGGAAUGUAAUCCUGGAGCGAGGGAUGUUUGCAUAAAUGGAAAAUGCAGACAUGUUGCUUGUGAUUGGGCAAUUGAUUCUGAGGCUCAAGAAGAUCGUUGCGGUGUGUGCCACGGGGAUGGAACACAAUGCUUGACUAUACGAGGCAAUUUUACUUUAAAACUGGGCAUAGGCUACGUUGAAAUAGUUAAGAUUCCUAAAGGGGCUCGAAAUGUUCGAAUCGAUGAAAAAGGUGAAGCCAUCAAUUACUUAGCAGUGCGAGGAGAAGGUGGUGAAUUUUUCCUAAAUGGUCGCUGGUUCAUUCAAUGGAGUGGUGAAUACAGGGCAGAUGGUACUACACUUUACUACCAAAGAGAUGGAGAAAAAGAAUCACUUCACAUUCCAGGACCCGCAAAAGAACCGUUACACAUUCUACUGUUGUAUCAAACUGAAAACCCAGGCAUCACUUAUGAAUACACUAUUCCAAACAAAAAUGCUACAAGAAAGCCAGAAUUUCACUGGUCAUACGCUGAUUGGACCGUUUGUUCUGUAUCGUGUGGUGGAGGAGUGCAGGUCUCGAAGCCCAAAUGUAUCGAAAAAGAAGCUGGAUUGGUAGAGGAUAAAUAUUGUGAUUCUGACUCAAAACCAGUUGAGAGAACUCGAGACUGUAAUAAGCAUCAAUGCCCCGCAAAAUGGUGGGCUGGUCCAUGGCAGCAUUGUUCUACCAGUUGUGGUCAAAGAGGUAUUCGGAAAAGAACCGUUAUUUGUGUGCGCUCAUUAAGCAGAGAUCAACAAAUUGCUCUCCUUGAUGAUGAUUGUGAUGCAGAUGUGAAACCCCUUGAGUCAGAACCCUGUCCUCACAAAAGACCCUGCCCCGGGGAUAAAGAAACUUGGUCUGCAUCUCAGUGGUCGGACGUAUGCAGUGAAGAUAUCUGUAAUUUUCAAAGCCGACACGUGUACUGCAAUUAUCCUGAUACGCAUUGCAAAGAAGACGAAAAACCAAUGUCUCGUCGACCUUGUGCAAAUGUCACAUGUGGAGUUUGGGUUGUUGGAAAUUGGUCUAAGUGUUCAACUUCAUGUGGGAAAGGGUUUCGUAAGCGGACUGUGACGUGUCGUGGAGGGUCUCAAUGUCACAAAGCGACAGAACCGCCCACCAAGGAGCCCUGUAAUAAUGACCCAUGUCCAGUGUCUUCAAAUGACGAUUCCAAUUAUAUUCCUGUGGGAGAAACAACCACCAAGAAGCCUAUUCAUAAACACAGGCACGCUCAUGACCAGAAGACUAAUACUAAGAAAAGCUCCAGACCUAGAUUCAUUGCUAAAGAUAUCAUACAAAUUCCAAUGGUGGAAGUUGAUAUGAGAAGUUCCAAUGAUUCAGAGGACUAUUUCUUCGAUAACGAUAUCGAGACGCCAAAGAUAACGAAAGAACCUGCCCUUAUUCCGUACGUCUUCGACGAGGAAGAAGAUAUUGUUCCAAGUGAUAGCAAGUAUGCAUGGAAAGUUAGCAUUUGGACAAAGUGUUCCAGUCGCUGUGAUGGAGGACUACGAAAAAGGGAUGCAGUGUGCCUGGAUACAGUAUCUAAACACGUUGUUGUGGAAGAAUUAUGUGACUCCUACCGAAGACCUAUCACUGUAGAGCCAUGCAACACAGAACCGUGUCUAGAUUGGGUUAUUUCUGAGUGGAGUGAGUGUUCUUCAAAAUGCAAUGAAGGAGAAAUGCAUAGAGAUGUCACGUGUCCCAUAAGCAGUCACUGCAAUCCAAACACGAGACCUGAAGAGAAGGCAACUUGCAUAUUGCGACCUUGUAUUGAUUGGGUAGAUGGACCAUGGAGCCAGUGUUCCACAACGUGUGGUGGAGGGGUUCAAAUCCGACACGUGAAAUGUAUCAAUAUCACCUCGCAAGGUCCAGCAACUGGAUGUCCAAUAGAAAUGAAACCCAAUCAUAGACAACCCUGCAACCUUGAUCCUUGUCCGGACAGUAAAGCUGCUCUGAGUGAAUGUAGAGAUAAAAUGGAAAACGGACUUUGCAAAUCCUUGAGGCAUAUGUGUGGUACAUGGUACUUCAAAGAAAAAUGUUGCAUCACAUGCAAGAGAAAGAGCAAGCAAAGAAAAACACAUAUCCACUCCAGAAAAUCUCCGCAACAGCAUGGUAGCAGCUGAAGUUAUAACGUAGAGACAAAUUUUUUAAUUUUUUUCAUAACAUUUAGAUUGUUUUCUUUAUGAAACAAUUGGAAGAAAAUAUUUUCCUAGAUGUAGUUGAAUUAAUAUUAAGAAGUAUUACAUUUCUUGAACUUAAAUAUAAAUAUUAGUAUGAACUUUGAGAGAAACUCAGUUGUGUAAAUAAAAUAUUCAUGUCGCGUUUGCCAUUUAAUAUGCGAUUGAUUUUGAGUUUUCUACAACGAUUGAAACAUUAAUUUUAAUCUCUUCAAGAAA